AUAUGCUUGAUGACAGCCCUCCGCUAGUCCAUGGUUAAGCCGUCUGGACAUAAACUUCAUAUCAGAAGUCUGUGAGCGUAUGUUUUCUUCUGGCAUUUUUGGAUCCUGGACCAUAAGUGGGGAGGGGAACAGUUGCUGCUUUUAUUUAUUUUAUUAAUCCUUCACCUCAAAUUAAGAAAAGCAAAAUUAGAGGUUGACCAUGGCACAAUAUGACACGUUAGAGGACAAGGACUCCUUGGAUUUCCAUGACAACCCACCUGUCUCUGAAAACCUGGUGAAAGAGGAUGAAAACACGGUUUAUUUUGUGUAUGAUGAAGAGGUGGAGGAGGAGGAGCCUCUAAAGCUGCCCACCCCAGAGCCUGUCGUUAUGAUCAACCCCAACCCACACAAGUUUAAAGACCACUACUGCAAGAAGCCCAAGUUCUGCGAUGUCUGCGCAAGAAUGAUUGUUCAGAACAACAAGUUUUGCAUCCGGUGCAAGAACUGCAAGACCUGCAUUCACCAUUCGUGCCAGUCCUAUGUGGAGUUCCAAAAAUGUUUCGGAAAAAUUCCCCCUGGAUUCAGAAGGGCAUACAGCUCCCCUCUUUAUGAUCAGGACGUAACAGGCCAAGGACACAACCACACAGACCCGGUCUUUGAGACACUACGCACAGGUGUUAUCAUGGCCAACAAAGAACGCAAAAAGAAUUCAGAAGAAGGGAAAAAAAUGCCGAUGCUUGAAGAAGAGGAGAAUGGCGAAGAGCAGAAGCCGGAAGAGGAAGAAGGGGGAGAUGACAAGAAAGGAGACAAGGACUCUGCGGAUGACAAGAACAAGAAGAAUGUAGGCGCCCCAACACAGACCCAUUUCUACGUGGCCCUGUAUCGCUUCAAAGCCAUCGAGAGAGAUGACCUGGACUUCCAUCCUGGCGACCGCAUCGUUGUCCUUGACGACUCCAAUGAGGAGUGGUGGAGGGGCAAGAUGGGUGAGAAGACUGGCUACCUUCCAAUGACCUACAUCAUCAAGGUCCGCGCUGGAGAAUUGACCUACAAAGUCUUGCGCUCGUUUGUAGGGAACCGAGAAAUGGGCCAGAUUACACUGAAGAAAGAUCAGAUUGUGGUGAAGAAGGGAGACGAGGUAAACGGCUAUUUGAAAGUCAGCACCGGACGCAAAAUGGGAUUUUUCCCAUCGGACCUUCUGGAGGAGAUUUAGGUUUCUGGAUCAGAGAUUCUUUAAGUAUAUAGAGAUAUGCCAACAUAAUAGGUUUCUAUGGGCACCUAACGUGACCAGGUUCCGGUCUGCCUAAAGGGGCGUGUCAUAAUGCUCCUAGCAUUGAAUAGAACAGUCCUCAGGUCUGCCUAGGUCUGCCUAAAGGGGGGUUUCCCACCCCCCUCCCCCUUGCAAUAAUAGAACCAGGAAACAAUGGGCCAAUGGAACCUCUCUCUCUACUCUCUCUGUUUAGGUCACUGGAUCAUGUAAAAAAAAAAGUCAUGCAUGUCACAUUGUCACCUUCUGCAUGUGUCACAUCUUUUUUUAUUCGUCUUAAGGUUUUAAAUAUAGAAAGAGAAUGUUGCUGCUUUUCUGUAAAAAAAAAUAGAUUGUGUCUCACCAUUAAUUUAAUUUAUUUAUCAGAUGUGUGUUAAGUUAUGCUGUGUAAUUAUCAGUUGUGUUAUGCACUACUUUUGUUUACACUAACCGAAGAUAAGGAGGAUGCUUGGAUUCGUUCACAUGAAGAGUACUGUACAUUGGCAUUGGGUCAUCAUGUCAUUUUUAUAUCUACUGUAAACUGAAAACAGUCAGGCCAUGUGUCAAGCUAUGAUUACUGGUGAAACGCAUUAUGUCUUACUAUUUUAGUUAUAUAGACGAUCUAAUGAUAAGUGAAGUAAUUUCACACCACGCCAAGGAAAGAACAGGCUGAGAUGAGCACAAGUUUUUAAAAUGUAAAUUCUUGUAAUAUGAAUUAUGUAUUGUGUUUGACACUGGAAGAGUAAAAUAAAGCGCAUUUAAUGUA